AUGAUUUUGGCUCUAGCGUUCAUAUAAGAUAUCAAGCAGGGACGAACUCCUAUCGCGAAGACGGUCUCGCCUUCAAUAACCCACGUUUCCCAACCUGUCCUGUCAGAAAAGUGUAUUUUCUCCAGUAGUUAUAGUGGAACUGAAAAUACAUUUUCUCCAGUAACUAUAGGGCUGCCUUUCUAGUCACAGCCGGUGAUAGGACCCACGUGCAUCGUCUCUUGAUUACUUUUUCCCGUGCUUCCCGUUCCCUUUCGCAAAAUCUGAUCCCAUCCCAUGGUUCGUAUAAAAAUAAUAUUACAAGUAGAUACAUAGAGUAAAGGAAUAUAUUUAGUCAUUCGAUAUGUAGAUAAAAUAUGACACCGGUGGGCGGGCGAUAUUGACGGCGGUGAUCGGGAGGCAUGGCCAAAAAAGGGGAUCAUUGCACUGCCGUAGUGGCUGAUACAAGCAGGAAACAUCGGGUGCCGGGAUAGGGAGCGGGCGUGCGGCAGCUACCAUGUCGAUCGGCAGGGGCUUCCGUGAUCGUGCAACCAUGAAUUCAGGCACGUCUGUUACGGUCUCAGGUACCCUUUCAAUGGCCAAAAAGACGUGCUUUCCAUUGUCGUCACCCGCCAUCCGCAUCCCGACCUCCCUCGCACCCUCCCGCCCUUCUGCACCUCUCCAAUACACUUUAUCCCCCUCCAUCCCUUGGCCGCCAUUUUUCGUGACUAUGCUUCUAAAGACCUCCACCCUCACGCCGUUGCUGUUACCUCCCUGGCCGCCACCGCCAUCGUCGUCCCGCAUAUGCGCUGCUACCAACCUUGUCCAUAGCGUGAUUUGCAGGACGUUGCAGAGGAGCGAGUCUCUGUUCGAGUCGCUCGCCCUCAAGAAUGACGUUCUCCUGCGGCCGUCCAGAUCAACCUCGUCCUGCUGGGUGAAGAACACGGCGGGGUCAUGGCAUGGGGCAUCUGUCUCCGUACUACCAAUGCCCAAAGUACGACUUUCCCUCCCAGUCCCUGGUCCAAUGCCAUCGGAUAGUGCAUACGCAGAAGAGUGGAAAUGGUUCGCGUUGAGGAACAAAACGGAAUGGAGACAUACUAGGGGGGGUAGUCGUGUACCAUUACGUUCUCAUUAUGCGAUGCCACGCAGAAAGAUGCGCACCAAAGAGGGGGUAGGGUAA